AUGGAUGGAUCUCAAAGAAGCGCGAGAAAGAAGAAGGAAAAAAAGAAGAAAGAGAAAGAGGAGAAGGAAAAUUUGAGUGCAAGACUGAAAAGAACAUUGAAUAAAAGUAAAAGAAAGAAGAAGGAGAAAAAGGUGAAAGAUGGUUCGAUUCGAGCUGUGAAAAAGAAGAAAAGUCCAACUGUAAGUGAAAUAUAAAAUAAAUCCAAUGAGCUAAUUCAGCAUUUUUCAGAAUGUUCCUACUAGACCACCAACUAAAGAUAAACUGACUGCGCAAGAAUUGAAAGAUCCGAGAAACGUUGACAUUUUUAUGAAUGACGUGGGAGAUGAUGAUGUCAAAAGAGCAAUGAAACAAUACAAACAAAGAAAAACAUAUGUUAAUCCGACACCGUUUACUGAAAAAGAAGAAUUGAUUUUGGAUCGUGUUGACAAGAAGCAAUCGAAAAUGAUGAUUCCGACUUUGAAUUCAUCGAAAUCUGAACUCAGCGAAUCUUUGAAAAGUAAGAAUACACCAGUGGAUUGCAAACAAUCUGAAGAUAAUAUGAAUAAGAAAGGGAAUAAGAAAGCUGCAGAACAAACUGAAAGACAAGAACCAACUAUGGUCGAAAAGAAUAAUGAAACAUCAAAACAUGAAGGACCAAUGGGAAAUCGCGCGGACAAUUUGUACUUGCCGAAUGGCAAAUUUUUCUGGCAGGAAGUUUUGGUGCCAAAUGAUGAUGAUUUGAAAGAUGUUGAAGCUGUUUUCUCAAUUGGUAGUGAGCACAUCGAAAUGUAUUAUGAAAGAAAAUUGCGCUUGAUUAGUCCACCAGAAUCAACGUAUUUAAUUAUUAAAAAUUAUUUUUUUUACAAAAACUGGAAUUUUUUACAGAGUCGUCUUGGAUCAAUGGGAAAUUCUGAAAGUUCUUAUGAAAAGAGACAGAAUUUUCUUCACCCCCGAGUUAAUUUUCAGUAACACACUUCGAAGUGUAAUUAGUGCCAAUCCGAAGGAAGAGCUCAAACAACAAGUUCAAGCACAAUCAUUGGAAAAUGACACUCUUCGUCAAACGCAAUGUGAUGAUACUCAUCCUCUUAUAUUUCUUGAUUUUCCAACUCAAGGAUUUACCUAUGAGGUGGGGGUUUUUUUCAGAGUAGUGUAUGGUUGAAAUGUAAUUUUUUCAGAAAAGCGAUCCAAUUGGUUCGAGUAGUAAGAGAAUGAUGGUAUCUAAACAAGAGCUCAAUUGUCAACAAGUAAAAACUGUGCGCGUUUCUCGAUAA